AUGGGAUUUGUGAUGGAGCGACUUAUUGACAUUAUUCAUGUUCAAGAUACUUGUGCAUCAUCUCUAAAAGAAGCAAUUGUUAAUUUACUUGCUCAACAUUCCUGGAGUCUUUCUUAUGUACGUGGACAAUGUUAUGAUGGGGCAAGUAAUAUGGAAGGUAGAAUCAAUGGCCUUAAAAUGUUAAUUAGGCAAGAAAGUAGAUCGGCUCAUUCUGUUCAUUGCUUUGCUCAUCAACUUCAACUACGUCUUGUUGCGGUUUCUAAAAAGUGUGUUGAAGUGGGGGAGCUUAUACUAUUGGUUUCAAGUAUUUUGAAUAUGUUGGGAGCUUCUUUUAAACUCAUGGAUGAAUAUCAAGAAUCUCAAAAGAAAAGAGUUCAAGAGGCAUUAGAUAUGGGUGAACUUGAAAUUGGUAGAGGCUUGCAUCAACAAUUUGGUCUUACUAGAGCUUGUGAUACUCGUUGGGAAUCCCACUACAAAUCUUUUAGUAACUUUAUUCUUAUGUUUGGUUCAAUUGUUGAUGUACUUGAUGAUAUUGUUGUUGAUUCACAGUGUCCAGAUGAAUGUGCCAAGGCAAUGGGAUUUCUCAGAGCAUGUCAAACAUUUGAUGUUGCAUUCAUAUUGCAUUUGAUGAGAGAUAUUUUAGCAAUCACAGACGAGCCUAACAAAUGCUUACAGAAAAAGGAGCAAGAUAUCGCAAAUGCCAUGCUACUUGUUCAAGUAGCAAAGAAAAGGUUGCAAAAGUUAAGGGAGGAAGAAUGGGGUUCGCUUAUUGAUAAAGUAUCUAAAUUUUGUAUCAAGUAUCAAAUUUUGAUACCUAAUUUAGAUGAGCCGUACUUUACCUCUUUGAGAUCACGGCGUAAACUUGCUGGUUGUACUGUCUCACACCAUUAUUACGUUGAAGUGUUUUGCAAAGUUAUUGAUUGUUUUGAUCUCAGGAAAAUAAUGAGAAUGGCUGAACAUUAUCUUGAUGACUUUGAUGAAUUUAGUAUGGGGGCUCUUGAGAAUCAACUUGCGAGUUACAUUAUUGAUGUUCAUGAUAUUGAUGUAAGGUUCUCCGAUCUAAAAGGACUUUGUGAUCUUUCAAAAAGAUUAGUUCAGACAAAGAAGCAUUCAAACUAUCCUCUUGUAUUCCGCUUAGUGAAACUUGCCUUGCUUUUGCCAGUUGCCACUGCAUCCGUUGAAAGAACUUUUUCGGCAAUGAAGUUUAUCAAGAAUGACUUGCGGAGUCGAAUGAAUGAGAGUUAUUUUAGUAGUUGCUUGGUGCCUUAUGUAUAA